AUGGCGCGUUUUGUGGUCUUGGUCCUGCUCGGACUGCUCUAUCUGUCCCACCUGGAUGCCGUCCAGCAUUCUCCAAAGGUUCAGGUUUACUCCCGUCACCCAGCAGAGAAUGGAAAGCCAAAUUUUCUGAACUGCUACGUUUCGGGGUUCCACCCACCACAAAUUGAUAUCACCUUGAUGAAGAAUGGAAAGAAGAUGGAAGCGGAACAGACAGAUCUGUCCUUCAACAGGGACUGGACUUUCUAUCUUCUGGUCCACACCGAAUUUACUCCCACUGUCGAAGAUGAGUAUAGCUGCCAGGUGAAUCAUACUACUCUCAGUGAGCCCAAGGUCGUUAUGUGGG